CUCCGCACCACUUGCAUGAGUAGGUAAACCAACCAACAAACCAACCAACCUAGUCUCUGCUUUUUUCUAUCAUUCGGAAUCAACGGCAAAACACUUACUUACUUUACUAUAUACCCUCUGCUCUUGCAUGUCAGUCUUUCUUCCCACUAGAGAGAGGCUCUAAUCAAACCAGUCAAUUUUACUAUUCGUUCCUCUUCAUAUUUCUUGUCUAUUUUUUUUGAAACUGCCAUCCAAGUCAAUCCAAACCCGCUCUCCGUUUACACUUGGGAAAAGUAACCCCCUCCCCCUCCCCCGUUCUAAAUUUGUUCAUCCUCGGACAACAAUGGCACCAUCAGAGAGCUCUCUGAUGGCCAUCGUGCCUCUAGCCAGCGGCAGCGUCCUGCUUCCCGGAGUUAUGCAGCGCAUUCCGGUUGGUGCCAAACGAGUCGACAUCAUCUCCCUGGUCGGCACCCUCUACGGCCGAGCUCCGGCCCCAGGUCGCAUUGAUACCAUUCCCAUCGCUUGCGUUCCGAUAGCAUCUCCCCUCCUCGGCGCGAACGGUCAACGACUUCUUCGAGACAAGGCUAAGGGCGAUGUUCCUACUCCACGGCCAAGACGACCAGUAGACUAUUCGAGUCUGCAACACAGAGACGUCUUCUCGGUCGGCGUCGUUGCUAAGAUCACGGCUGUCGAGGCUUGGGGUAGUGAUGACGCGGCGAUCCUUGUCGAAGGCGUAGCCAGAAUGACUUUGGAGAGCUUGGACAAAGACUUACUUCGCGCCCAUUACGAGGGCCAUAUUGUACAACACGAAGAGCACGUGCCCGUUAACGACAAAGACCUCCAAAGGCGAUUCGAGAAGCUCAAAGCUCUGGCGCGGGAGCUAAUAGAUCUGCUGAGGCUCACAUCCAUAACCUCGCGGCCUCGGCUUGGUCUGGACCCAGUGUUGGCUAGGCGCCUUGACUCGUACAUGGCUAAGAGGACUGUCGCCGACGCAGGUUCGUUUGCUGACUUUGUGGGAACCUUGGUCGACUGCGCAUAUGAAGACAAGCUUGAGAUAUUGGCCACUUUCGACGUCAAGCAACGUGUAGACAAGGUCAUCGAGCUACUCGAUCGUACCAUUGGAGGGCUCAAGAGCAUAACCCGGAUCACGACUGUCACAGCGGCAGUGCCCAUGAGAAUCACAGAUGCGCAGAACCCCAACCUACCUCCGCCUUUUAUCAGGCGAGGUGUUGGCCCAUUUUCCGCGCCUCAUAAUGCUCAGGGCGGUGGUCAGGAGCCCGAGGAAAAGGAGCCUGACGAGACUGAAGAGUUACAGAAGAAGCUGGAUGAUGCAAAGCUCAGCCCGGAGGCCGCCAAGGUUGCCGCUCGCGAAAUGAAGCGUCUGAAGAAGAUGAUGCCUGUUCAGGCCGAAUACAGCGUCCUCCGCACAUAUCUGGAGACUUUGGCUGAGAUCCCCUGGUCAGUCACCACGGAUGACCGUCUCGACAAGACAGCUCUGGCCAGAGCACGGAAACAGCUCGAUGACGACCACCACGGUUUGAGCAAGGUCAAGCAGCGUCUUGUAGAGUAUCUUGCCGUGCUCCGUCUCAAGCAAUCUGCGAAUGAGGAGAUCGAUGAGCAGAUUAAGCGAAUCCAAGAAGAGAUGGUACCGCCAUUUGAAGGGGAAUCGCCGGCUUUCCCAGAGCCUGGCUUAACCAAGGCUUCUCAGGAGAGCUUAGACGCAGCGCAGGCUAAGAUUGACAUGCUCAAAAGCCGGCGGAUGACGGACAAGUCCCCGAUUCUCCUUUUGGCGGGACCUCCAGGUGUUGGCAAGACCAGCUUGGCAAAGUCUGUUGCUACUGCUCUCGGCAGGAAGUUCCACAGGAUAUCACUGGGUGGUGUGCGUGACGAGGCCGAAAUCCGUGGCCACCGACGCACGUAUGUUGCUGCUAUGCCUGGUCUGAUUAUCCAGGGCCUCAAAAAGACGGGCGUAUCAAACCCAGUAAUCCUACUGGACGAGAUUGACAAGAUUAGCCAGAGCAAUCACCAUGGAGACCCAUCAGCUGCCAUGCUGGAGGUUCUGGACCCGGAGCAGAAUUCCACCUUUGUGGACCAUUUCAUUAACAUCCCGGUCGACCUGAGCAAGGUGCUGUUCAUCGCCACGGCCAACAGCCUUGAGACCAUCCCCCCACCUCUCCUGGACCGUUUAGAAAUGAUAUAUCUGUCCGGGUAUACCACGUUGGAAAAGAAACACAUUGCGAUAAAUCAUCUUGUGCCAAAACAAAUCCGUGCCAACGGUCUUUCUCCUGAGCAGAUCGUUUUCCCCGAUGAGGUGGUCUCUAAGAUCAUUGAGUCUUACACACGUGAGGCAGGGGUCCGCAACCUAGAGAGAGAAAUCGGUUCCGUCUGUCGAGCCAAGGCGGUCGAGUACGCAGAUGCGAAGGACGAUAACCGUCUUGACCAGUACCGGGCACAGCUCACUGUUGAAGACAUUGAACAGAUCCUCGGCAGUCCCAAGUACGAGGAUGAGAUCGCUGAACAAACAGGCCGACCUGGAGUAGUUACGGGCUUGGUCGCCUACAGCUCGGGCGGAAACGGCAGUAUUUUGUUCAUCGAGGUGGCUGACAUGCCCGGCGACGGCACAGUCCAACACACAGGCCAGCUUGGUGACGUGCUGAAAGAGAGCGCCAAAGUGGCCCUGUCCUGGGUAAAGGCCAACGCAUGUCAGCUUGGCCUUUCCCCAGAUCCCAGAGAGAAGAUCAUGGAGAACCGAAGCAUUCAUGUCCACUGCCCUGCGGGCGCCAUACCAAAGGAUGGUCCCAGCAGCGGCAUUGCACAGGCCAUUGCUCUCAUCUCCCUAUUUUCCGGCAAGAUCGUGCCGCCCACCAUGGCCAUGACGGGCGAAAUUUCACUCCGUGGACGUGUCACUGCCGUCGGAGGAAUCAAGGAAAAGCUUAUUGGUGCCCUCCGUGCGGGCGUCAAGACGGUACUGCUCCCGAAGCAGAACGAGAAGGACGUACAGGAUUUGCCGCAAGAGGUAAAGGACGGGUUGAAGAUUAUUCUUGUUAGUGAGAUAUGGGAAGCCAUCCGUCAUGUGUGGCCCGAGGAGCACUUCCCAGGAGAGCCUAAAUACCCUGGUCUCUACAGUCGACUGUGAAGGCCGCAACAACCCAACUGAGGCACCUAGGCAACGUGUCACGCCCGAUCGUCAGCCGGAGACCGUUUUGUUGUCCAUGAAGAUGCAGACUUUAAGGUCAUUUCGUCGCCAGAGGAUGCAUGUCUCAGAGGUUCACCUAUGGGAACAACGUUUCCAACAGGCAAGCGAGCGAGGUGUAAUCACUACAAUUGCCCCUUGGCUCAGACAUACAGCGGGGAUUUUUCUUCCUGUUAGAGUUUGGAGCUGAUCGUGUUUGCUGUCUUUUGACGCAAUUCGUCGCUCAUGUUCAGUCAGUAGCACAGGCGCACAAGGUGAAAGCCAGUGAGAGGCCCAUGUAAUCAAAUUUCAGGCUUGUACGAAAUGUCUUGAAUAUUUGGGUUUUUGUGCCGAGAACAUCAUUCGUCCGACGGGAUCGAUUUGAGUCCCGACUUUGUCCAGAUUUGACAAGGGCAUACCGCCGCAAAGCCACCCGUUGUUGCGGGUAUACAACCUUCACACCCCUUCACACCUCUUGCUCCGGGAUGCGACCUGAAGGAUGUCACACGGCGAUGAGCAUAUCCCCGUGCAAGGAAGAAGGGAGGGUCAACUAGGUCUAAGGAGAUUAUGAGGUGCUGCUAGCCAGCGGUAGAUGCAGAUAAUCCCGAAGGGAUAACCUCCGGCUACCAGGUCCUUUGUGUGUUUACCAAAGCUGCAAACAUGGGCCGAUCAUAUCAACCCAAGUCUUGGGGAGUACAAAGGUCGGUAGACGGAAGACUGGGGCGUAUAUGGAGUUUCAUGUCGUCUGUCUAGGCGCAAGCCAGCUUUGGUCUGGAAUCCAGAGGAGCGUUUUCUACUGUAUCAUGCAUUUCUAUAAGUGUUGGUUGGGAUCGCAGCUCUUUGUACUUUUACUUGUAUAUUAGGCGUGAACAUUCGCCAACAGCAUCAACACUAUUACAUGCAGUCAGCCAGUCUACUUGGCUUACAACUAA